CUUUGUUCUGUUUUGAAUGAGAAGAAGGUUGAGAUCUUCCACUCCACUUUAAGAUCAAGAAUACGAAAGAGAGAUGAGGGAGAUAAAAUCAAAGAAACUGCAAGGCUUAUUGCAAGUUUUAAUUUUAAUUAAAUUUGAGGAAGAUGGAUUCGAAAAGACCUAUGUCCCACAAUAUCUAAGAGGAUAUAGUGACCAAGACUUGCUUGUACUUUCAGGUUUGGCAUCUGAGGGAAUCCUGGCCAUGUUUGAUAGAGUAGCACUGAAUCUAGGCAAAUCUUACAUGUUGCCAAGGCCACUGAAGAGAGCUGGACAGCCUUACGGCAAAGCACCAUACUACCUAGCAAGUUUUCAGAAGGAAUUCAGUACCAAGUCGUUACCUUUGGGAUACAGCUGUCUGAGGCAUGGAAUAAAGGAUUAUUGUCAGGUAUUGAUAGAGAUGAUGGGGGAGGAGAAGUACAUGAUGAUGAUGAUGAUGACGACAAUGGUGAUGAUGGUAGCAACAAAUCUCCCAAGUUAGAAAUGCCAAGGCAAAG